AAUGUUUUUUUGUGUCUUUUAACCUCUUGGCUGGAUCGGUGAGCUGGGAGAAAUUUCCGUUGGCUGCUGACGUCUCUUGGGAAGUUUAUAUUUGCUCCAUCUCUAAAAAAAUAAUAACCCUGAACGUGGUUUGCUGGAGCUCUAAAUCAAUGUCAGUUUGAAGAUUUGGAGCAUGAUCUGUUUUGAGGUAUUUCCUACUUGUCAGAGAUAAUGGUUCACUGACAAAUGGGCUAUAAGUUAAAAUGUCGUGGGGCUACACUUGUCAGAGGCUAAAAACAUUUUAGGCCUCUAUUAGCUUCGGAAGGAACCUCACUGCACAAACCUUAGUUUUCAUUUAAAACAUCGUAUUGCCUCCGAAUGCAUAAUGAAAAACGUGCAGUCGACUGCACAUUUAGUUCAGGCUGAUGCAGCCGCUGCGUGAAGAGGAUGACGCACAACAGCAUCGGAGAUGAUCAGCACCGCUGGCUCUGAGGAUGACAGCGUCGCCGCAAAAACAUCCAGCGAGAAAAACGCAUUGACCGGAGAGUGAUGCCGUCGUCUGCAGCGGAACCGGGAAACACAGAGUAAGAUGAGAUGCCCGGCCGUUUAGCGGCGAGUAUCGCUGCACCUCACUCCGUUUGAGGCAGAUAAGGGUUGCGCAUUGUCACAAGGAGCCGUGCGGGACAUGGACCCAGCGACUGCGGGAAUCGGGAGUGAUGGAAGCCCGACAGAGGCAGCGGCCGCCGGAUCCAGUCUGCAACUUGACUUUGAGGACACCGAUUCAACCCAGAAGGCUCAAAUAACAGAGAUGCCUUCCCUGUUUGCAACAGAACAAAGUCGUGAGAAGAAGAUCGGCCACAGGAGAGUAGAUGCCCAUGGAGAGACAACAUAUAAAAAAACCACCUCUUCUGCCUUGAAAGGGGCAAUCCAGUUGGGGAUCGGCUACACCGUUGGCAACCUCAGCUCUAAGCCUGAGAGAGAUGUCCUCAUGCAGGAUUUCUACGUGGUGGAAAGCAUCUUCUUCCCUAGUGAAGGCAGUAACCUCACUCCAGCCCAUCACUACCCAGACUUCAGGUUCAAAACCUACGCCCCCGUGGCCUUCCGCUACUUCAGAGAGCUGUUUGGGAUCCGGCCAGAUGACUACCUGUACUCGCUGUGUAAUGAGCCACUGAUUGAGUUGAGCAAUCCGGGAGCAAGCGGCUCCAUAUUCUAUGUGACCAGUGAUGACGAGUUUAUCAUCAAAACCGUCCUGCACAAGGAGGCAGAGUUUCUGCAGAAAUUGCUCCCUGGAUAUUACAUGAACUUGAACCAGAACCCCCGCACUUUGCUGCCCAAGUUUUUUGGCCUUUACUGCGUCCAGUGUGGCGGCAAGAACAUUCGAAUAAUUGUGAUGAACAAUAUAUUGCCACGCUCGGUUCGCAUGCACCUCAAAUUCGACCUCAAGGGCUCGACGUACAAGAGGCAAGCAUCCAAGAAGGAAAGGGAGAAGUCCAAGCCCACUUUUAAAGACCUGGAUUUUCUGAGUGAUGUUCCUGAGGGCCUCACUUUGGAUCAGGAAAUGUACAACGCUUUGGUCAAAACACUGCAGCGGGAUUGCCUGGUUCUGGAAAGUUUUAAGAUUAUGGAUUACAGUUUGCUGCUUGGCGUUCACAACCAAACCCUGGCAGAAAAAGAAAAUCAGUCCCAGGGCUCACCAGCAGGAGGCGGCGAUGAGAAGAAGCCUGCAGGACAGAGGGCUCUCUAUUCCACCGCUAUGGAGUCCAUACAGGGCGGGUCCACAUGCAGGGACGCAAUGGAGCACGAUGACACUAUGGGAGGUAUCCCAGCAAUGGGAAGUAAAGGAGAGCGCCUCCUGCUGUUCAUUGGGAUUAUUGACAUUCUGCAGUCCUACAGACUGAUUAAAAAACUGGAACACUCCUGGAAGUCUCUCAUCCAUGAUGGAGACACGGUGUCCGUCCACAGACCUAGUUUCUAUGCAGAGAGGUUCUUCAAGUUCUGCAGCUCAGUUGUCUUCAGGAAAAGCUGCUCGUUACGACCAUCUCCAUCUAAGAAAGGCCGAGGGGCCCUCUCAGGAUCCAAGUACGGUGCUGGAGGCGGAUCGGCCGGACAGUGUCCCUCACUGACUGACGAAAGACAGGAAAACCUGGAGAACUUGGAGAACCUCAGAGGAGCCCGCAGCUUUUCUAUACUGGAAGAGAAUGGUAAAGAGCCGCCCUGCACCCCUCCGUCAUUCGAAGACGCAACGACAGCAUCUAUUGCAACCACGCUGUCGUCAAACAACUCUUUACCAACCACCCCCUUUGAUACUCCAGAACAUCCACGCCCCAGAAGACAAAUGCAUUCACCGAACAUAGUCAGAUCACAAAAAGAGCUGAUUGAGGUUCACGGCGAACGUCAGGACACUAUAACUGUGGAAGUGGAGCUGAGCAAGAUCCCACAGAGUACGGAGCUGACGCAGAGGACAGAAAUCACGUCUUCCAGCCAACAAACACUCAGUCAUCAAACUUGUACAGUAGCUUCGUCCGCCCCCAGCUCUACAUGUUCAUCCUCUGCAUAUUCCUCCGCUACUCUUCCUCCUUCCUUUGCGUCAUCCUCCUCUGCUCAAUGUGCUGCCCAGUCAUCUUUUACGCUUUCUUCAUCCAUCCGUCCGUCCACCAAACCGCUCACCUCUCCAGGAGCCGCUCAGGCUUUAACUCUCUCCUCUCCGAUCUCUGACUCAAAUGCAAAAUCUGUUCCGCUCACCGGUUUGUCUGCGAAUGCCUCCACCCUCAGUCCUGCCUCAGCAUUCACCCCCAUCCACCCUGCAUCCGCUAGCUCCUCUCAGCAUUUUCCCUCCACGCCUCCCUCUUCAGCCCCUUCGAGCCCCCACUUGCCUCAGGAAGAACCGCGUACUUCACAAAAGCAGCUUUCGGUGUCCAGCAGCCACAGCUCCUUGGAAGCGGAGGUGCAGGUCUCUGACAUCUACUUUUAUGCAGAUGGAAGAUACUGGGUGUAUUCUCCAGUUCUUGGCCGUCGUAAACUUAACUCUAGUUCAAGUUACAAUACUCAGGAGGACCAGAGCUGUGUUUUCUCUCCUUUCCACUGCAGCUCUGAGUCCAGAAGAGACUCAGAUGUGGACAGUGAAACAUAAUUUCAGUCGAAGGCAGCGGCAGUGGGUGGAGCCAGAGGCUUUCUCCUUACACAAAAGCUGGGAGGGUUUAAUGAUAAAGGCAGCAGGACACUGAUGAUUUACUGCUGUCUGCUGAAGCUGCAUGUAAGAGUCUGCUUUGCUUACAGUAAAUCUUAUUAUCUGGCAUUCAGCUGAAAGAAUGCAGCUUUGCAUUAUGCAUUCGAACCGAUGUAUGGAGAGAUUUACUGCUAAUAUAGUGGGAGUCUGUAAUGUACAAUUUGUUCAAACAGAAGUGGGGAAACGUGUGAAUCUUACAGUACAAUCAGCUUAGUCGUACUGUGAACAAUUUUGGUAAUUGUGAUAAAGCUCAUGUUUUUAACAAGAUAAUCAUUGUCAAGAUUCAAACGUCGAUUUAACUCCCACGACAUAAACAUUGUGUCAAUUAAUUCAAAUUUAAUUUCAGUGCAAACCCCACUAUUAUUAUUAUUUUUCAAAAGCCAAAAGUCUGUGUAUAAGUAACAGCUUGGUUGCAGAUGGAGCAGCCGAAGCAAGGUGAAUCAAACAUUCCUUUCCCCAGCUCUGCCUAUGCAAUAUGUGUUAUCGAUUCCUCCUAUUGACUCACUUGUAAUUAGCCUGGACUUCGUUGUGCAUUUGUUUUAACUAGAGGGGAAUCAGCUCUGUACAAUUUGAUUUUAGCACUUUAACUAUGUCUAUGAUUGAUCUUAGCACGCACACUCAGACACAGUGUAUACCCUUUGCGUACAGUGGUCCUCCAGUGGUGUGUGGUGGUUCAGUUAAAAAAAGAAACAAACAAACAAAAAAACAA